AAACCUAAGUACAGCCUUUGAAUUAGCGAUGUUAUAGUAACAUCGCAUCAACAGUAAUAGGAUUUUUGGUAAGUAAUCCGAAGUGCAUUCCACACACACACAAUUGGGAAUCGAGUAAUUUAUGCGUCAGCCUCAGUCCCAUGGUGCGUCGUCGCCUAGCAACAGAGCAAAACAGCUCCGACUUUUACAUGCUGAGCUAUAACUUCAUAGUUUUCUAACGCUUUACAAAAGCAUAACUGCAAUGUCGAAGCCAGCACUAAAGAAAAGAGACUCUUCGUUAAGCAGCCGCGAGGUUUCAUCUAAAGAACAGUCGCCUACUAAAGAGGUCUCCUCACUUGUCUCGGGUGUUUCUGGGAGUUUCUCAGGCGAGCUUUGGAGGAGCUGUGUCCCUAUCUGGCCCGAAUGGAACGAGACCGAAGUCAGUGCGGAGAAAUGGGAUGCGGCCAAAGGAGCGAAAGAUGGAAAGGCUAGGAAGAGCCCUCUCAGUCAAUUCUUUGAGGACCCAGACGGGAAGGUGAAGAUCCCAGCAUCUUUGAAUGUUCACACCUGGAAACGACCCUCGGAGCACAUUGUUAAGAAGGCUCCAGUUGUUGUUGAAAAUGAAUCAACGUUUGAUCUCAUUUCAGCCAAUGAGCAUUUGCUGUCCAGUGAACUCAUGCGCUGGAUCAUCAGUGAGAUCUACAUCGUGUGGCAAGUGUGCAACAGGCAGGCAUGUGAGAACAACCCCUUCUCUAAGGAUGCCACGCCCAGCCCUUGGAGACCAUGGGAACACAUCUAUUCCCUGUGUAAAGCAGAAAAGGGCCACGUGCCUCUUUACAACGUCUUUGGGAAAUAUGUGGUCCGGCUCUACUGGAUGGGCUGCUGGAGGAAGAUCACUAUUGAUGAUUCGUUGCCAUUUGAUGAAAAAAACAACCUGCUGCUUCCAGUUACCACCAACCAGUCGGAACUCUGGCCUAUGCUGCUGGCUAAGGCUAUUCUUAAGUUGGCCAGUACAGAAGUGGUGCAGAAUGCCAGCAGAGAGCUAGAAGACUUCAGCAUCAUCCGCUGUCUGACUGGCUGGAUCCCGGAGAUUCUCCUCCUUAAUCCCAGGUUGAAAUAUGUAGAAGAAACAUGGGAAUACCUGAAAAACACCAUUCCGAAGUGUCAGCUGACGGAGGAGCGCUCCGAGGAGAGAACUCCAUCAGUCCACUCACGAAGCCAGUCGCCUUCCCAAAACAAAGGAAAACAAAAAGGCAGUGGACCUCCUCCUGCUCCUCAGAUAAUCGUGUGUGCCAGUUUCCAGCCAAUGAACCUGCAGGAGAAGAAGACUUCCAUGCUGGGCCAGAUGGCAGACACAUCACAGACACUGCGACAAUACGGUCUAUGUCAGCUCCACAGCCAUUCUGUACUGCUGACGCGUACAAGGGACUGCCCCCUGGUGGCCGUUUUGAAACCACCCCCUGUGCCUCAUUCGAAAAUCAUCCGGACCCCGAAGGAAACCGAUAUUACAGACGAACCCAGAAAGGUCCCAGUCGAGAGGCCUGAGCAGUACAUAGGGGUGGCCAGUCCAUUAAUCAAGCUUGGACCUCUUAAAAUUGAUUCAAAGGCGGUUUCAAAGCCAGUCGGCCAAAGACAGCACACGUGUACCUCUAAUCUUGCUUCGUUCUUGGAGUCAGAAGAGAAUAAUGGUCCUGACCCCGCUCAGCACGACAUCACUCACAACAACCAAAUCUCGCUGGAUGCCAUGGAUACUGAGGUAACAGCAGAGGACAAGAGGAAGGAUGAAAGCGGUGCUAAUGAUGCUGCCGUGACAGACUCCUCCUUUUUUCCUGAGAAGAAAACCACACCAGUCCAUGGAAUGCAUUUUCAGGAGAAGGCCGUGCUUCAAGAAACGUGGAUCCACUUGCAAGACUUCACCAAGUGCUUCCAGACGUUGCUGGUUUUUCACAAGGAAAACAGCUACCGUUACCAGUUUCAGAAGUCACAGUUUAAGGCACAAGAUGAGAAGAGCUGUUACUUCUUGUCAGUAGACAGCCUGCUGCCUACAGAGAUUCUCAUCUGUUUCUCAGCACUGAUGCGCUGGGGAGAUAACAGUCAUGAGCAAAAGGAUUGCGCACUCAGGCCAGGUCAUCUGGGUGUUGAACCUUUUUCCUGGAAGAGCGUCCAGGCUCAGUAUCCCCUGCUGACUGUCAACACCUCGUCUUGCAAAGCGGCGAUUCUUUCCCUGCCACCGGGGCGCCAUGUUCUUCGUAUCCACACGCGGGUGCAGUUCGGUGUCCACGUGCAGCUCUAUAGCAAGACAGCGUUCGUAUUUGGAGAAGAAGAUGCAGUGAUGCCACACCUAGAAAAGGAGAGUCUGAGGUUCUGUGAGCAGGCUCUGUUGAUUCUCAGAGCUCUAGGUGGAAUGGUCAGAUCCUUCUCAAACCCAGACAAACUCGCAUCAUCCACCAGGACACUGGAGGAGGUUGUCUGCCCUCCGUCACUCAGCAAAACUGCAAUCAGAGAGCACUGGAGGGUCUUCAGUCAUGCGGUAUACCACAUGUUUUGCUGUGUGCUGGGAAGAAAACUGACAUCUGAGGAACUGUUUGCGGUGCAGACCCUGACUCGAGACCCUACACCUCACUCCAGAAACACCAAGGACACAACAGAUGGUGUUCCAGAGGGCUGUAGUGGUAGGCAGGCAACAGAACAAGAAAACCAGGCAGCAACAAUUUUACAGGCUGGCUGGAAGGGCUUCCUGGUGAGAGAAAUUCUUAGUGCUGCAAGACCAGUGGAAGGAGACUGGAGAACCCAGAGGAAACCAAUGUGGACACGGGAAGAUCUAAAACUCCAAACAGACAGCUCUGAGAAGAAUCAGAAAGUUGCCAAGACUCUGUUGGAAAUGUGGGCUUCAGUGGAAUUGGACAUAGAGAAGCAUGCUGUGUCUUUAUUGAGGUUCAUGAUCAUGAACAACGAGCAGCUAGUGGACCUGUACCCAUGUGGUGGGGAUGAGUGGACUAAAAUUACCUUCACUGAUUACUCUGUCCCCGUCCAUGAGACAACCAGCUCCUGGGUCCUGCUCUUUAGGGAGGUGUUCCAUGUUCCAAAAGCCAUAUUACUUGUGCCUAAGAUGUACCCUUCGUUGAGGUGUCACCUUCAUGUCAUCAACAAUGACACUGGGGAGGAAGUACCUAAAUUCUUCAACAGUGUAUUUCCAUUUACAUACACACCAAAUAAGGCUGGCUACACAUUUGUGGCAUACACUGGAGAACCGGCUGUGGUAGGAGGAACAUGGCGAUUGCGUCUAAUCAGUUCCCGAGAGCAACUGGCCCAGUUGGCAAGAGAAGCGCCAGUCAGUAACUUCUCAGUGAAGGAGUUCAAAGAUUACUACUUACCUAACAAGAAGAACAUUAUCUGCAGGCACAGGGUGAGAGUCUCACGUGAUCACGUUGCUACGGUGCAAUUCCAGGCUUCAAAACAGGAUGUCCAUAUUAAACUCAGCGUCCUGGACCGUGAGAGAGAGGUGGCCAGCAAGACAGGCCAAGGACACGUUGUUAUCCCUUUGUACAGCUUUUCAGCCAGUGACGGUUCCUGCGGCAGUGCCUUGGAGAAGGCGGGGGUGAGUCAGUCUCAGGACGGCCCUGGCGGGGGUCACGAAGGAGGCAGAGGAGCCUCUGAGUGCCAGCCUGCCCAAACGCAUCAUAUAUACAUCCUUCAAGCAGAGGUGCUUUACAACAGCUGGCCUUUGGAUGACUCACUGUCAGGCUUCAUCCAAACCCUAAGAGAUAGAGAGAACAAUGAGAUGAGAGUGUUCAAACAUCUGACAGAGGAGACACCUGCAAAUGUGGACCAACCCAGCAGAGAAGCACAGAAACCAUCCACACCCAAAGCUCCCAAGAGCAAAGAGAAGGAAAAAGAGAAGGAAAAAGUAAAGGAAAAAGAGAAAGAAAAAGAGAAAGACAAACAUACAUCCAAGAGUUUGGAUGAGAGUAAGCCCCACUGGACGCUGCGUGUGGUCAGUGAGCAGUCAGAGGUGGAAAAGAUUGAGGUGGAAAAGGACACAGAGAGACUAGAGCAAAUUAAGGCAAUAAAACUGGCCUGGGAAGCUGCAGAGCCUGGCAGAGCAGCUAAGGCUUUUCAAACCCGUCAGCAGUACCUGAACAAUCUGAGGACGCUUGGAGAAGACUACACACUGGACCUCACACCUUUCAUCAGGAGGACCGGCAGGCCAGAGCGUCUAAAGGAUGCAGUGAUGGAGGAGGAACAGCAGAGGGAGCGGUUGGAGAAGAUCCAGAGCUUUCGGCUGUACCGAGAGACCGUGCUGGAUCGCCGUAGGCAGGAGCAUGAGCAGACCAAGCAGCUGAUAAGGGAACAACGAGAGCUGUUUGAAAGAAUUCAGGAGGAGAAAGCUGAGCUGCUCCAGAAGUUCGAUCAGACUCGAGAGAUUAUUCGAAGGUGGAGGAGCAGUCUCGAAAGAAAGGAGAAGAGUCUCCGAAAAUAGAAGGAGUUUCUACUUAUUGAACCUUUAAAGUGUAAAACACUGAUAAGAACACAAUACAUACAGUGCAUCCGGAAAGUAUUCACAGCGCUUCACUUUUCCCACAUUUUGUUAUGUUACAGCCUUAUUCCAAAAUGGAUUCAAUUCAUUAUUUUCCUCAAAAUUCUACAAACAAUACCCCAUAAUGACAACGUGAAAGAUGUUUGUUUGAAAUCUUUGCAAAUUUAUUAAAAAUUAAAAAACAAAAAAAGCACAUGUACAUAAGUAUUCACAGCCUUUGCUCAAUACUUUGUUGAAGCACCUUUGGCACCAAUUACAGCCUCAAGUCUUUUUGAGUAUGAUGCUACAAGCUUGACACACCUAUUUUUGGGCAGUUUCUCCCAUUCUUCUUUGCAGGACCUCUCAAGCUCCAUCAGGUUGGAUGGGGAGCGUCGGUGCACAGCCAUUUUCAGAUCUCUCCAGAGAUGUUCAAUCGGGCUCAAGUCUGGGCUCUGGCUGGGCCUCUCAAGGACAUUCACAGAGUUGUUCUGUAGCCACUCCUUUGUUAUCUUGGCUGUGUGCUUAGGGUCGUUGUCCUGUUGAAAGAUGAACCUUCGCCCCAGUCUGACGUCCAGUGCGCUCUGGAGCAGGUUUUCAUCAAGGAUGUCUCUGUACAUUGCUGCAUUCAUCUUUCCCUCAAUCCUGACUAGUCUCCCAGUUCCUGCCACUCAAAAACAUCCCCACAGCAUGAUGCUGCCACCAUCAUGCUUCACUGAAGGGAUGGUAUUGGACAGGUGAUGAGUGGUGUCUGGUUUCCUCCAGACAUGACGCUUGCCAUUCAGGACAAAGAGUUCAAUCUUUCAUUUCUCAUGGUCUGAGAGUCCUUCAGGUGCCUUUUGGCAAACUCCAGGCGGGCUGUCAUGUGCCUUUUACUGAGGAGUGGCUUCCGUCUGGCCACUCUACCAUACAGGCCUGAUUGGUGGAGUGCUGCAGAGAUGGUUUUUCUUCUGGAAGGUUCUCCUCUCUCCACAGAGACAUGCUGGAGCUCUGUCAGAGUGACCAUUGGAUUUUUCGUCACCUCCCUGACUAAGGCCCGUCUCCCCUGAUCGCUCAGUUUGGCUGGGCAGCCAGCUCUAGGAAGAGUCCUGCUGAUUCCAAACUUCUUCCAUUUACAGAUGAUGGAGGCCACUGUGCUCAUUGGGACCUUCAAUGUUGCAGAAAUGUUUCUGUACCCUUCCCCAGAUCUGUGCCUCGAUACAAUCCUGUCUCGGAGGUCUACAGACAAUUCCUUGGACUUCAUGGCUUGGUAUGUGCUCUGACAUGCAUUGUUAACUGUGUGACCUUAUAUAGACAGGUGUGUGCCUUUCCAAAUCAUGUCCGAUCAACUGAAUUUACUAGCGGUGGACUCCAAUCAAGUUGUAGAAACAUGUCAAGGAUGAUCGGUGGAAACAGGAUGCACCUGAGCUCAAUUUUGAGUGUCAUGGCAAAGGCUGUGAAUACUUAUGUACAUGUUCUAUUUGUUUUUUAUUUUUAAUAAAUUUGCAAAGAUUUCAAACGAACUUCUUUCACGUUGUCAUUAUGGGGUAUUGUUUGUAGAAUUUUGAGGAAAAUAAUGAAUUUAAUCCAUUUUGGAAUAAGGCUGUAACAUAACAAAAUGUGGAAAAAGUGAAGCGCUGUGAAUACUUUCCGGAUGCACUGUAUACAAAAAAAAACAACUACAACAAGAAGAACUAAAACAUAUCUUGGAGAACUUCCUCACAUUAAUUUACUUCUUUAGAUUACAUACAGAGCUGCUCAGAGACGUGUGAUCUACCACUGAGAUGGUCUUCUGUAGUGGGAGGUAGUUGUUCAUUUGAAUAGGAUUUAAUAUACGAGUUUUAUUUGUAACAGUCUGUGUGAUUAUAGAGUGUCUGCAGAUGAUGAGUCACCCUGCGCUUCGGAUAUUAUUAUGAUUCAGGGCUUAAUAUUAAAAAAAAAAAAAAAACUUGA